UGGACUUUGUAUCUGUUUAGCGCCAGUUCGCUAGUGGUGGUAGCUGUGAGUCUGUGGCUCCAGGUGGGCGCACGAGUUUUCAGGGCGGAGAAGUCUUGCUCAAAAAAAACUGCAGAAGGACACACUCAGCCUGGCUGAGGUAGUAUUAGAGCUGCUGGAGUGGCAGACUCAUCUCUGGCAUCACCUUCCUGGGGUGCUUUAAGGAAAACUCAUCAGGACCUUUGUAUCUGGAAAGCUGUGUAAAUGCAGUCAGUGUCGCGAUGUCUCGGGAGACGGAUGAGGAGUGUCAGCAGUCCCACGGCAGUGCCGGCACGCAGUCUCCUGGCAGCAGUGCCUGCUCGCAGUCCCAAGGCGGCUUCUCGCAGUCCCAUGACCUCUCCUCGCAAUCCCAUGACCUCUCCUCACCGACCCAAGGCUCCGGCUCACAGUCUCAGAACACGUCCAGCUCCUCCACCAGCACAGUACCCACGUCCAGCCAGUCCUCUCACUCCAGCUCGGGGACACUGAGCUCCUUAGACACGGUGUCCACUCAGGAACUGUAUUCUAUUCCUGAGGACCAGGAACCUGAGGAGCCCGUCCCUGCUCCUUGGGCUCGAUUAUGGGCCCUGCAGGAUGGAUUCUCCAAUUUUGACUGUGUUGAUGACAACUACUGGUUUGGAAGGGAUAGAAGCUGUGAAUAUUGCUUUGAUAAGCCACUGCUGAAAACAACGGAUAAAUACCAGACUUACAGCAAGAAGCACUUUCGGAUUUUCAGGGAAAUGGGGCCUAAAAACUCUUACAUCGCAUACAUAGAAGAUCACAGUGGGAAUGGAACCUUUGUAAAUAGAGAGCUUGUAGGGAAAGGAAGACGCCUUCCUUUGAAUAACAAUUCUGAAAUUGCACUUUCAAUGUGGCAUAAUAAAGUUUUUGUAUUUUUUGAUCUGACUGUAGACGAUCAAUCAGUUUAUCCCAAGGAAUUAAGAGACAAAUACAUCAUGUCAAAAACUCUUGGAAGUGGUGCCUGUGGUGAGGUGAAGCUAGCUUUUGAGAGGAAAACAUGUAAGAAAGUUGCCAUAAAGAUCAUCAGCAAAAGGAAAUUUGCUAUUGGCGCCGAGAGAGAGGCAGAUCCAGCUCUCAAUGUUGAAACAGAAAUAGAAAUUUUGAAAAAAUUAAAUCAUCCUUGUAUCAUCAAGAUUAAAGACUUUUUUGAUGCUGAAGAUUAUUAUAUUGUCUUGGAAUUGAUGGAAGGAGGUGAGCUGUUUGACAAGGUGGUGGCGAAAAAACGCCUGAAAGAAGCUACAUGCAAACUCUAUUUUUACCAGAUGCUCAUGGCUGUACAGUACCUCCACGAAAAUGGUAUUAUACAUCGGGAUUUAAAGCCAGAAAAUGUUCUACUCUCAUCUCAAAACGAAGACUGUCUUAUAAAGAUUACUGAUUUUGGGCAGUCCAAGAUUCUGGGGGAGACAUCUCUCAUGAAAACCUUAUGUGGUACCCCUACCUACCUGGCUCCUGAGGUUCUUGAGUCCUUUGGGACUGCUGGAUAUAACCGAGCUGUGGAUUGCUGGAGUUUAGGAGUUAUUCUUUUUAUUUGCCUUAGUGGGUAUCCACCUUUCUCUGAGCAUAAGACUCAAGUGUCACUGAAGGAACAGAUCACCAGUGGAAAAUACAACUUCAUUCCCGAAGUCUGGGCAGAGGUCUCAGAGAAGGCUCUGGACCUCGUCAAGAAGUUGUUGGUAGUGGAUCCAAAGGCGCGUUUUACAACAGAAGAAGCUUUAGGACACUCGUGGCUUCAGGAUGAGGACAUGAAGAGAAAAUUUCAAAAUUUGCUUUCUGAAGAAAACAAGUCAACGGCUCAACCCGAGGUCCCAGCCCAGCCUUCUACGAGUCGAAAGCGGCUCCUUGAAGAGGAACUGGAAGACGCGGACACCACAAAGCGCCUGGCUGUAUGUGCUGCUGUAUCAUGAACAGUGCUUCGGAACAUGAAAGAAACACACUUUCUUGAACUGUGCUGUAUUUGUUUUUUAGUGUUUGUAUUUUAAUUAGGAGAGAACAGUUGCUUUUCUGCAGUCCUCAGUACACUAACACCUAAUAGAAACUGGGCUUUGUGCUUCGGCCAGAUGAUCCAUUCUUUAGUUACAUGCCUUUUUGUGUGGGCAUUUGAAAUCAUGUGUGUCUUUUGUCUGGUACUCUAUCUUGGCUCUUAGCAGGCAGGUGUCUCAGGUGGUGUCCGUUGGUCUUAGCCUGUGUACGCUGCAUACAAAUUCUAAAGGCUCCUUAGAAAGGGGCCUGGUGAGAUUGGGGUUUAGUUUGUAGAGAUUGGCUGACUGCCAACAUCGUGAGACAGUGGGUAUCUUGGUGCAAAUACCACGAUCCUGUUUUAAAUUCUCAUUCUAACUCUCAUAAAGAUAUAGGUCCACCGUUAUGCUCAGGGAAAUAAGCCUAAUAGUAUAUGAUUCCACUUACAUGAGAUACCAUAGAGACAAAGUAGAAUGCUGAUAUCAGGAGCUGGUGGGCAGGGGUAAUGGGGAAUUAAUGUGUUUAGUGGAUAUAGUUUUCCAAGAUGAAAAGUCUGGAGAUGCAUCAUGAUGAAGGUUGCACGGAAAUGUGAAUGUAUAAUACCAUUGUACUGUGUACUUGAAAAAAUGGUUAAGAUGUAAAAUUUUAUGUUUUGUGUGUUUUACCACAAUAAAGAAUUUUUUAGGGGCGGACGGGUGGCUCAGUUGGUUAGAGC